GGCGUCCCAUCCCCCGCUAGCCGCGCUGCAGUGUGUUUCCGUGCAACCCUGAGACCUGGGUUCUGCACCUCUUGCGAGAUUUUGGCCUUCCCCAUCGGGCCGAAGCCGCCUUCCCUCCGCGACCACUCAGCAGGGUAGCAUCGGGCAGGCAGGAGGCAGCAGGAGCCGCGCCUGGGGGGCACCUAGCUGUGCGCGGAGUGGCGCGCGUGCAGCUUGCCUCCCUUUCCUGCUUAUCUCCAGCCUGUGAGGUGAGGGGCGAGUGUUGCUGUUUUAACACUCACUUGGUGCUGCUAUAUUACCUUGUUAACUCCUUGAAAGGAGUCCACUUAAAAAAAAGUGGCUCUACCCGAAUUUUUGAACUGCAGAAUAUGCAGUGCCUUUAAAGGUUAGCAAGGAUGAAUAAAUUGAACUUAAAGGAAGACAAGAUGCUGGAGGUUCGGUUCGUGGGAGAUGAUGAUGUUCUUCAUCAUAUUCUUGAUAGAGAAGAAGGUAGAGUUAAAUUAAAAAAGGAGCGACCUCAACUUUUGGUCAAUACAAAAAAAAUAAUAAAGAAGCCAGAAUAUGAUUUGGAGGAAGAUGGCCAAGAAGGCUUUAAAGAUAAGAACUAUGUGGCAGUUUUAGGACGAGAUGUUCAAGAAUCUUUGAAAAAUGGCUCUACUACCGUCAGUGGGAAUAAAGUUUAUUCUUUUCAGAGUAGAAAGCACCCUGAAAAGAUGGCUAAAUUAGCUUCAGAACUAGCAAAAACACCAAGAAAAAAUGUGUCAUUGAAUUUGAAGAAUGAUCCUGAAAUUAUGAUAAACAUUCCUCAGUGUAGCAAGGGGCAUUCAACUUCAGAUGAAGUUCAGUCGAAGGACAGCGAUAAAAGUGAAUUUCUGUCAACAGCACCUCGUGUUCUAAGGAAAAGAUUACUAGUCCCAAGGUCUCAUUCUGAGAGUGAAAGUGAAUAUUCUGCUUCCAACUCGGAGGAUGAUGAAGGGGUUGCACAAGAUGAAGAGGACACUAAUACAGUUAUGUUGAGCUCAAAGAUUCAAGCUCAGAAUAGAGUUUCAGCUCCUGUUUGCAAAGAAACACCUUCUAAGAAAAUGAAAAGAGAUGAAACAACUGACUUAGAAGAAUAUUUUGAAGCGCACAGCAGUUCCAAAGUUUUAACCUCUGAUAGAACACUACAGAAACUAAAGAGAACUAAACUGGAUCAGCAAACUUUGCGUAAUUUAUUGAGUAAGGUUUCCCCUACCUUUUCUGCUGAACUCAAACAACUAAAUCAACAAUAUGAACAAUUAUUUCAUAAAUGGAUGUUGCAGUUACACCUGGGGUUCAACAUUGUGCUUUACGGUUUGGGUUCUAAGAGAGAUUUACUGGAACGGUUUCGAGCCACCAUGCUGCAAGAUUCCAUUCAUAUUGUCAUCAAUGGUUUCUUUCCUGGAAUCAGUGUGAAAUCAAUCCUGAAUUCUAUAACAGAAGAAGUCCUCGAUCAUACGGGUACUUUCCGCAGUGUGCUGGAUCAGCUAGACUGGAUAAUAAACAAAUUUAGAGAAGAUUCUUCUUUAGAACUCUUCCUUCUCAUCCACAAUUUGGAUAGCCAAAUGUUGAGAGGAGACAAAAGCCAGCAAAUUAUUGGACAGUUGUCAUCUUUACGUAACAUAUACCUUAUAGCAUCUAUUGAUCACCUCAAUGCUCCUCUUAUGUGGGAUCAUGUAAAGCAGAGUCUUUAUAACUGGCUCUGGUAUGAAACUACUACAUACAGUCCUUAUACUGAAGAAACCUCCUAUGAGAAUUCUCUCCUGGUUAAACAGUCUGGAUCACUGACACUUAGUUCCCUGACUCAUGUCUUACGAAGCCUUACCCCUAAUGCAAGGGGGAUUUUCAGGCUGCUAAUAAAGCAUCAGCUGGGUAGCCAGGAUAACCCUUCUUACCUUGGACUUUCUUUUCAAGAUUUCUACCAGCAGUGUCGGGAGGCAUUCCUUGUCAAUAGUGAUCUGACACUUCGGGCCCAGUUAACUGAAUUUAGGGACCACAAGCUUAUAAGAACCAAGAAGGGAACUGAUGGAGUGGAAUAUUUAUUAAUUCCUAUCGACAAUGGAACAUUGACUGAUUUCCUGGAAAAGGAAGAGGAGGAGUCUUGAAGCUGUCCUUUAUUUUUGAAUAGUCUGUGGAAAGGUUGUUACACUCCAGCUGCCACUCCUAUAGUCUAAAGUGUUGUGUUUACUUCCAACAUCAGACUUUUCCCAGCAUGUAAGAUUUAAAAUUGGGAGAGGGGAAUGUCUUGAAUUAGAACCUUGCUUAGCCUGGCUGGUGUACCAUCUCUAGUACUAUGCUAUCAGUGGUCCUCAAAUUGGAGAAAAUGUGCCUUUCAUUCGUUACCUCUCUGGAGAUUCUUGCUGGAAUGGACAGUGUGCUCAGGGACUCUUUGGAACUGGAUGUUUUUGAAUUCUUUUAUACUAGAGAUGAUAUUACUCCUAGUUUUUUGAGGGCCUUUUAACACUCUUGGAGCUGAUUGUUUGCAAAUGUGCUUGUUCCAGAGUGCGGAAGUACAAAGACAUUGGCAUCACAGAAAUUGCUUUAUUUGUUGUUCUUGUGUUGGAACUGACUGGUGAAAUGGAGAAGGCAGAUCAUUUCUGUUUCUGAAAUGCCUUAACAAAAGGUGUAAAAUUGGGGAAAAGUAGGUGAUCCCACUUUCUCCUUUUGGAUUUAGGCUGUGUACCGGGGUAGGGGAGGGGACAUGACACUGUUCAGCUGGGAUAAUGGGAAAAACACAUAUAUAAAUAGGGCGUAUACCCAGCCUAGACAGCACAUGAAAAAUAAUAAAACAUGAUAUUCAGACAGUUAAUGUGCCAUCACCUUGAUACAUGUGAGAAACCAGGCUAGAGAAAUACAUUUCUGAAUUACAUUUAAUCAUUAUUUUCAACAGAAAAUAAAAAUUUAAUUAUUGUAUAUUGACAUUUUUCUUGUCUUGAAUAACAUGCAGGUAAGUAGCAUAUUAAUGGCUGGCUUUAAAUUAACCCUGAUUUCUCUAUCAAGUACACCUAAAACUCUAAGACUUUUUAAAUCAUUUCUUUGUACCAUGUAACUAAUCAAUUUUAUGUUAAAUUUGUAUAUUAAAGGUUUAAUCUUAAAUACAUUAAUCAAAAUAUUUAAGAAUUUUGUACAUGAGUAACUCUGAAAUAUUUUAAAUUGUACCAAAGUCUUUUCAAUGAAAAGCAGUUUCUUUCCUAUUCCUGAUCCAGUUCCAUAGGCAAUUAUUGAUAGUUUGAUCUUCCAGAAGUAGUCUAUGCACAUGUAAGGGUUGCUGACUAUAUUUUUUCCUUUGAAAAAUAGAAAUGCUAGCAUAUAGUUGCUGGUUUGCACCUUUUUUUGUGCUUAAUAAAUCUAGUUUAUAAAUAACACUUAUAAAAAGUAUACAAAAUCUUUAAUGACUUAAUGUGCAAACUUUACAUUUGCCCUUAAAUAUCUACUAAUUUAUUUUUGUGCCUAUACUUUUUGCAAGCAGUAUGUGUCCAGUCUUUACUAUUAAUAAAAAGCCAAUUUGGGUGGAA